AUGGCCAAGCAAGAUACCACUACCUUGAACGGCCUCGCCGCCAAGGUUCAAGAACUCACCCAACAAUUCACGCAGUACCUCCAAGAAAACAAGAUCCCCGAGCCAUCCUUUGCCGCUGAUAGCCCUACCAGCUACAGUGGGCUUGAUGGUCCAAGUUUUGUGCUCCGCCAGGCUCUCUUUGACACCCUCAUGGACUUGGUGUACUUGACGCAAGGACCCAGUGAAAGCGUCUUCAACUACGUACACACUGUCGGCCCCGACUCUGGUACAUUGAGUGUCCUAAAUCAUUUCGACUUUUGGUCUGCUGUGCCGUUGAAUGGCUCUGCUUCCUAUGAGGAGAUAUCUGCAAAGACUACACUGCCCGUUCAAGUGUGCCAGCGCCUUGUUGAACACGGUGCAACGCUGAGGCUAUUCUCUGUCACCAGCGACGGGACCACUGGGGCGAGACGAGUUCAUCAUACUUCACGCUCUGCAGCCAUUGCCCAGAAUCAGGGCCUCAAGGCACUCGUUUCGACUAUUCUCGACGACGCUGGGCCUGCAAUGUCCGUGAUGCCGGAAACGCUACGGCGAUACACGGCGGGCAAACCCGCGUUGACACAGAACGUCGACGAGACUGCGUUUGCGGUGCUGAACAAGGACGGUGGGCCGUUUGGCAGCUUCCAGACAUCGUGGGAGUUGUUGGAGAAUGACGGUGAGGGGGAGCGAAAAGGCUGGCGUCAACGAAACUUUGCGGUUUUCAUGCGAUACGUGAAUGACAUCUUUCAGUUCGAGAAGAUUAUUGAAGAGGGAUAUGACUGGGCAGCAGCGGGAAACAUUCGUGUCAUUGAUGUCGGAGGCUCUGGCGGGCACGAUUCCAUCGCGCUGGCCAAGAAAUUUCCAAAUCUCACUCUCACGGUGCAAGAUCUCGGUGAAGCAGAACCCGUUUUCCAGGGAAAUCUGCCGCAAGAGUUGAAGGACCGUGUGACUUUCAAGGCGCACGAUUUCUUCAAUCCUCAGACAACCCAGGCAGAUGUAUUCCUCAUGAAGCUCAUUCUCCACGACUGGCCGGAUAAGGAGUCGGCGCAGAUUCUGAGAAAUUUGAUCCCAGGAAUGAAACCUGGCUCUAAGCUGCUAUUUAUUGACUAUGUAGGGAAGAAUGAAGAGAAAGAUGCUGAUAAGUUACCGAGAAGUCUGCAAGCCUUUGGUACGGCGACAGAUAUCCGUAUGAUGGCGUUGUUUAAUCACAGGGAAAGGCUAGCAUGGGAAUGGAAGGAGGUAUUUAAGUUGGCUGAUGAGAGGUUUGAGAUUACGAGGAUGGAAGCCAAUCCAUUGACUUUUGUCGUGUUAAUGGAAGUGACAUGGAGAGGUUAA